AUGAUGCGCCCCCUCGCCCCAAACUUUCAGGACGGCCUCGCCGCCAUAUCCGGCCAGCUCAGGCAGCUCCGCGCAGCGCUCGCCGCCCUGGAGGGCCCCCUGCUGCGCCACCUGGACGCCCUCGGCGCCGCCAACCUCGAGACGGCCUUCCAGAUGCUGCUGCUGGCGUUCCGUCGCGAGCUCAGCUGGGCGGACACCUUCACGUUCUGGGAGGCGCUGUGGGCGGCGGAGGCGGCGGCACGCGCGCCGCUCAAGGCGUUUGCGGUGGCGGCGCUGUUCAGCGCGCGGCGGCGGGAGCUGAUGCGCCUGGAGUCGCUUGAGGACCUGGUCACCUGGGUCAACAGCGUGGGCUCUAACGCGUCUUGCCCCCUAGAUCCCUUGGCGCUGGCGGCUGACGCGCACCAGAUGUGGGCCUUCCUGGGGACCGAAAAGGUCGGCGGCGGCUGCGGCUGCGUGCCAAAGAUGAGCGCGGUCGCGGCCCCUGCAGCAGCAGCGGUCCCCGCAGCGACGGCCGCUGGCGUCACAACCGCACCAGGCGGCGGUGCAGCGUUGAGCCAGACAUAG